AUGGAUUCAGACAAAGGAGGAGUUUUGGAUAAGGAUAUCUUAGAAAAGUUCCAUAAGAGCUUUUAUGCUGAAGAGAAAAAUGUAUUGUCACAAAAUGUCUGUUCCAAAAUAGACCCCUUCGAAGUUGCAUUGUCACGGAAAGUAUUGGAAGAAACACAACACGUAUUCAAUCAUAAGAUUGAAGCCGAGGGUAAACCCAUAACGAAUCAAAAAAGUUCUGGGCGCUGUUGGUUGUUUGCAGCCAUGAAUGUUAUUCGUUUACCUUUCAUCAAGCAUUUCAAUUUAGAAGAUUUCGAAUUUUCUCAGGGAUAUUUGUUCUUUUGGGACAAGAUCGAGAGGUGCAAUUUUUUCUUGCACAACGUUGUUGAGACAGGAAGAAGAAAUGAGGCAGUAGAUGGACGACUUGUAUCAUUUUUGUUGAAUGAUCCCACAACAGAUGGAGGCCAAUGGGACAUGAUAGUCAACUUGGUUAAUAAACAUGGACUGAUGCCUAAGAAAAAUUUCCCGGAAUCGUUCAAUUGCGAAUCCAGCUUGAAAAUGAACCAAGUAUUGAAGAGCAAACUGCGAGAGUACGCCAAAGCAAUUAGGGUACUUGUCUUGAAGGGUGCCAGCGAUGCGGACAUACAGACCCUCAUAGAAGAUCAGAUGACCAACAUCUAUCGUAUUGUGGGCAUCUGUCUUGGUAUUCCAGAUGAAACAUUCACGUGGACAUACUAUGACAAGAACAAGGCUUUUCAUAGCAUUGGACCUAUAACAGCCAAAGAUUUUUAUGAAAAACACGUUAAGCAACUAUUCAAUGUUGAUGAUAAGGUUUGCUUGGUAACUGAUCCCAGACCGACCAAUGAAUAUGGUAAAGUUUACACUGUUGAUUGUCUCGGAAAUAUGGUUGGUGGCAAAAGGUGUAUUUACAAUAAUCAGCCUGUAGAACUCCUUCUAGAGCUGACUGCUAAAAGUAUCAAGGAAGGGGAAGCUGUUUGGUUUGGUUGCGAAGUAUCGAAGAGAUUUGCUGGGAAACAAGGAAUACAGGAUUUGACUGCGCAUAAUUUCCCACUCGUUUUUGGUGUGGAUAUCCAGGUCACUCUAUCCAAAGCUGACAGACUUCUCUAUGGAGAAAGUUCUAUGACACAUGCCAUGGUGUUUACAGCUGUUAAAACAACCGAAGACGGAGAAGUGGAAAAACUGAGAGUAGAAAACUCUUGGGGUGAAGAUAGAGGCGAGAAAGGAUACCUUGUCAUGACUUCAGACUGGUUCAGGGAGUUCACUUUCGAGGUCGUAGUUGAUAAGAAGUACGUGCCGCAAGAAGUAUUGGACGUCUUCAACCAGGAACCUAUAGUUCUCCCAGCUUGGGAUCCAAUGGGAACAUUAGCGCAGUGA